AUGCGCAUCGGCUGCUUACAAUUUGCUCCGCAACUGGGCGAUGUCGACAAUAAUUUGAACCGCGCUGAUGCUGUCUUAUCAAAAGGGAAGACAGAAGGACUAGAUAUUCUCAUCUUGCCAGAGUUAGCAUUCUCAGGGCACAACUUCAAGAGCCUAAACGACAUUGAGCCAUUCUUAGAAUUUUCUGGGUCCGAAAUCACCUCACUAUGGGCCAGGACAGUCGCCCUCAAAUAUGACUGUACUGUUGUUGUUGGAUACCCCGAAAAGGUCCACAAUGCAUCAGCGCUUGACACGUCAACUUCCCUACCACAAAAUUAUAACUCAGCCCUUGUAAUCAACCGGGAAGGCGAGACUGUUGCAAACUACCGCAAAAUAUUUCUUGCUUCUAUUGACGAGAGGUGGGCAAGAAGUGGACAGGACAACUUUCUCAACCGGCCUACUCCCAAACUAGGUAUGGUUUUAAUGGGUAUCAGCUCAGACAUGGAACUCAUUCUACCCUCGGCAUUGCAGCAUGAGUUCGAAUUUGCCACUUGUGUCUUGAGGGCUCAACCAAACUUAUUGAUUGUGUUACUGGCUGAGAUGACCAAGGAUGAGCCUCGACACUUCAGCCGUGAACCAAACAAACCUGAUAUGGAAACUUUGGAACACUGGGUCUUCCGCUUAGAGUCUGUCAUCCGCUCAGAGAACCAAUCUGAGGUAAUUGUGGUUUUCUGUAAUCGCACGGGUUAUGAGGAUGACGCCACCUAUGCUGGUACUAGCGCUGUCCUUGGCAUCCACGAGGGCGAGGUCAAGGUCUAUGGGCUUCUUGGACGCAGCAAUAAAGAUUUGCUAGUGGUCGACACUGAAAAACCGGCUAUUGGGAAGCUGGUGUAUGAUCCUCAAACCAACGAAGGAGGUUUGGGGUGGGCUGACCAACCUGCGGAUGCUGGGAGUGAUGCCGAAAGCUCGAAGAGUGGGUCUUUGAGACUUGCAAUGCAUUCUGCUGAGACGACCUCACGAAAUUUAACGCCUUCUGGUCAGCAGGACGUUGGCAAAGAGAGCGAGUAG